AAAAAAAAAAUCCCUGCGUUCGAAAAAUAAAUUUAUCCCUCUCUCUCGUUCCACGCCAUCGAAGACAGAAGGCGCAGACCCAAGGCACGCAGGCGGGCGGCUGCGAAUUCCUGUAGAUUGAAGGAGGAGGCUUUCUCGCCGGAGAUUCGUGUCGUCCGGCGGCUUCUGUGACGGGAGGUUCGUCUUUCUUGGCGGUUGCGUCGAGUCGGGAUUCUUUCCGGGCGGGAGAGGCAGAGAUGGAGAAACCGGUGGCUGCGGCGGCGGCGGCUUCUUCCUCGAGCGCGGCGUCGUCCGGGUACGAGGCGUGGGAGGAGGUGGCCGUGUCGACCGACCGGGGGCGGAGGGAGGUCCACUUCUUCCUGAGGCGGAGGGACGGGGCCAAAGAUCUGGCCGUGGUGGGGCGGGAGCGGACCCUGCGGUACAUGUCCUACCACUGCGCGCUGCGGAGCCGGUCGGCGAUUGGGCUCGGCGAUUACGCGCUGGUCUCGAGCCUCAAGUCCCGGAGGGAGGUCGUCGACUGGCUGAAUUCCGUCAUUCAAGGUCGGUCAUCUGAACAGCAGCAUCAUGCAGACAGUGGCUUUUUGGCUAGGGAAGGUGCACAGAAGCUGGAUGUUGGUUUCCCUAGGGAUUCUCAAACUGCGAAACUGGGUCAUUCUUCCAAGGAGAUCCAGUGGGUAGGCCAACCAUGGAUAUGCAAAAAAAAGCGGAACCACUUCCCUUCUUUUCUCCGUAGAGGUGUCAAAGUCUCUGUUCAUGACUUUGUAUACGUUCUUGCUGAAGAGGAUAAGCGACUGGUUGCUUACUUAAAUGAUAUGUUCGAGGAUUCCAAGGGCAACAAGAUGGUUGUAGUACAAUGGUUUCACAAAAUUGAUGAGGUUGGGAUUGAUUUGCCUCGCGAUUUUAGUGACCGAGAGAUUUUUUUUUCUCUUUGUCAUCAAGAUCUCAGCAUUGAAUGUAUAGAUGGGUUGGCUACUGUCCUCAGUCCCCAGCAUUUCGAGAAAUACAUGAAUGAGGCAAGCAAAUCUUCAUUGGAAAUAUUUGUUUGCCACAACCUCUUCGAAGAAGAUGAUGUUAAGCCUUUUGACAUUACUCAAGUUGAAGGUUACUGGAAUCAGGAUGUCCUGAAACGUAUGAAUCCUUUUCCUCUACCGAAACCUCCUCUAAGAUGUCGGUCAAGUGAACUUCCACGAGAUGUGAAAUGCAAUGUUGAUGAAGAUGGUGGGAUCAGACCUAGAAAGAAGCAACGCUAUGUGAAUGAAAGUGAUGCUGUUGAGAUGCAUGGCUUGAAAGAAGGCUCUGAGCAUGAAAUCGUGAAGAAAAGCCCUCCACAUCAUUUGAUUGUAGGUUCUGAAGUCGAGGUGCUAUCUCAAGACAGUGGCUUGAGGGGGUGUUGGUUCAGAGCUUCAAUCAUUAAGGCAUCCAAAGCCAAGGUUAAGGUUCGUUAUCAGGACAUUCUGGAUGCAGAUGAUGAAACAAAGAAGCUUGAGGAGUGGAUUCCAGCAUGUAGAGUGGCUGCUCCUGAUGAAAUUGGUCUCAGAAUUCUUGGAAGGUCAAUGAUUCGGCCAUCCCAACAGUCUAGAGAAUGUGAAGUUCCAAAGGAGGUUGACGUUGGGACUGUUGUGGAUGCUUGGUGGAAUGAAGGGUGGUGGGAGGGCAUUGUGGUCCGUAGAGAAUCUGAAGGCAGACUUGGUGUCUAUUUCCCAGGAGAAAAACGGGAAUUAGUCUUUCCACUCGGGGACUUGAGACAUUCCCGAGAAUGGUCAGAAAAUAGAUGGAUUCAUAUACAGAAAAGAGCAGAUUUCGUCAAUGCAAUAUUGCCUCACUUGCGGGUGGAUCAACAUGUGGAGGAACAUUACAGUAAUGAGGCUGCUGAAGCUGCAAUUAAGGACUGUAAGACAUUAAGAAACAAUGAGGCUGGUAUUGAGAAUCCUCUGAAUUAUCGGUCAUGCUCUCAGUAUGAUGGGGUAGAUGAGUCACGGGCUGUUCCAGAUCUUCUGAAGGAUGAUUCUCUUGCUCAUUUGAAAUGGAAGGUUUCAAGGAAGAGAAGUCGAAGUGGUGGAAGCACUUCCCUGAAGGUACAGUUUGAUAAUGACUGUAUGAGCUCGCCGAAGAUGGGAAUCUGUACCCGUGCGAGGUUUAUGAUAGAUGCCACCCUGAAAGUUGAUCACGAGAACUGCAAGUUUGCGGGUGAUUCACUUUUCAGUUCUUCAGUAGUGCCGACGCUGACAAGCUUGGUCAUGUCCAGGUGAAAGACCACUUGGACAGUGAUCUAUCACCUGGUUAUGAAAAUUUAGUUGAGGUGCAGGGAUGUUGUGAGGGUGAUAUUAAGUCGCCAUUGUUGUGGAAAGUACGAGGGAGGAGAAGUCACCGAAGAUGGCGCAAUAACAGAGCAGCUGGUAAUGAAAAUUUAGUUGAGGUGCAGGGACGUCGUGAGGGUGAUAUCAUGUUGCCAUUGGAGUGGAAAGGACGAGGGAGGAGAAGUCAACGAAGACGGCGCAAUAACUGAGCAGGUAAAGGAUGGUGAUACCACCAGCAGCCUCUCACUAGGUUUGUGAUUACUGAAGUUUUGCUUCGGACAAAGUCGAUGAAAAGUGAUUUAAUCUCUUGGGACUUUGGUCUCGUUUGCUGCUCUGGGUUUGAAUUCCAUGCCACAAUCUCGUGGGUCACUAAGUAGGUCUAGAUUUUUAAUCCUUGUUCCGUGCUGUGCAUCAUUUCGAUGCAGCUCCACUGUCCUUGACUUAGGUUGUUAAUAGGAAAAGUAACCGCAUCCAAGUCCUUUUUGGUCACAUUUUAUAUUUUACAUGUAACCACAGCCUGAGGGUGCCAUAGCCCAGGCAACAAUUUUGGGUGCAGUAGGGGUAACCGUUAGGACUGACUUUUUGAGUCUCUGUUGAGGAUGUUGUGCAGGGGAGUUUAUCCUUUUUCUUGCAAUCUUGUACAUGACCUUUCUGUUAAUAAGAUUUGAUGUUGGGGUGAUCGAACUAAA